AUGGAAAAGGCAAAUCACUCUUUGACCACUGAAUUCAUCCUCACAGGAUUUGCAGAUCAUCCAGAUCUGAGGACCCUGCUGUUUGUGGUCUUCUCUGCCAUCUAUCUGAUCACCAUGGUGGGGAAUCUUGGUUUGGUAGCCGUGGUUUACAUGGAACGCUGUCUUCACACACCAAUGUACAUCUUUCUGGGAAACCUGGCUCUGAUGGAUGCCUGCUGUUCCUCUACCAUCACUCCCAAGAUGUUAGAGAACUUCUUUUCUGAGGACAGAAGGAUUUCUCUCUAUGAAUGCAUGACACAGUUUUAUUUUCUCUGUCUUGCUGAAACUGCAGACUGCUUUCUUCUGGCAGCAAUGGCCUAUGACCGCUAUGUGGCCAUUUGUAGCCCACUACAGUACCACACCAGGAUGUCCAAGGAACUCUGCAUUCAAAUGAGUAUAGGAACCUUCAUAGCCAGUAAUAUACAUUCUAUGAUUCAUGUAGGGUUUCUGUUAAGGUUAACGUUCUGCAAAUCAAAUCAAGUUGAUCACUUUUUUUGUGAUAUUCUUCCACUUUAUAGACUGUCCUGUACUGACCCUUAUAUUAAUGAACUCAUGAUAUAUAUUUUUUCAAUGCCAAUUCAAGUCUUUACCAUUGCCACUGUCUUGACCUCUUACCUCUGCAUUCUUUACACUAUUUUCAAAAUGAGAGCGAAGGGAGGAAGAGGAAAAGCAUUUUCUACUUGUGCAUCCCACUUUUUUUCUGUCUCAAUAUUCUAUAUUUGUCUUCUCAUGUAUAUUCGACCAUUUGAAGAAGGAAAUAAAGACAUACCAGUGGCAAUAUCUUAUACUAUUAUAAUUCCAUUAUUAAACCCUUUUAUUUAUAGUCUGAGGAAUAAGGAGGUGAUAAAUGUCCUUAAAAAAUUAUGGGGAAUUACAAUGUUUUUAAGAAAUCUUCAUCCUCUAUAG